GAACUCAUCUAUACGCGGCUUAUAAAAUGGCGGAGGCGUCCUUCAAGGAUGUACCCGAGCUUUUCGAAGUGGACUUGGGUGAAUCGUUGACUGCGCGUACAGAGAGCUUAGCUUCUUUCAGGGAAUUAGGACCUCCUGAUCUAUGCCAUGUCGUGAAAAGCACAGGACGUAGUGGACAGCGUGAUCUCGGUUCUUACCACUUUGUCUCCGGGGUCGACGCUUCUUCUUCUGCAUCACUUGCCGCUUAUAUAAAUUCUCUCACAUAUGCUAUCGAAGACAACUCGGCGUGGUUCUCAAAAGGCACUGCGUGGAAAGUCAAAAAUGGUUGUUUCUGUUGCUUUAAUGCCUUUUCUCGAGUUGAUAUACGCGUGGACGUUAAAAUUCCGGGUGGUGUCACGGCAUAUGUCGUUGAUUUAAGAGGAGAGCGUCACGAGGCCACGGCAGAAAUAUGGCAGGAAACUUAUGUUUCUGCCUUGCUUCGUGCAAUAUUAUACUCUGAUGACCCAACCUACUGGUUAGACGCGUACCGCAAGCUUGAUCCCAUAACAACUCAAGAAGCAGAACUUCGUUUUCUGCAAGCUGCUGAGGCAUUGUUCAUGAAAGGUUGGCAAGUCGGGUCUGAUCCAGAGAUACAAGUUGCCACGGUAGUGUCUAAUCAUCUGACCGCUGGUAUCAUGAAGUACUUUGGAGACAGCGGGAGAUAUCAACAAGCUGCCAAUUUGUUCGAAAAGCUCACUGCUCGGGAGCUUGAAGUUGCGUCUCUUCUUGCUAAAAGUUACAUGGGGAUGAACGAGGAAGUAAAGGCAGUUCAGAUUAUGUCUGGUGCCAUGAAGCAAACACCUCAUUCUUAUACUCUGUUGCAUGUGCAAAGUGAUUUUCUCCGAGCAAAAGGGAAAUACGAUUGGGCUCUCAAGCUCGCACGCGAGGCGGUCAAUUGCGCUCCUAGCGAGUUUGUGACAUGGGAGAAACUCACCGAGCUCUAUAUCGAUAUCAAGGACUUCGAAUCUGCAUUGUUGACGCUCAACUCAUGUCCAAUGUUCACGUUCAAUGGCCGGGAUGCGCACCGUAAUCUUACACCAGCUCGAAUUCACCUGCCAUUCAAGCGACAAAUCGGUGAAAUACUACCUGAAAAAGUGAAAACAGAAGAUGACGAGGCUGAUCCUGCUUUACAACGCCUUCCUGCUCCUGGCUUGCGCGGAACUUGGGCCAGAGCUUAUUCCCUCCUCACUCGUCUAGUGUCAGAGAUUGGAUGGGACGAGCUCCUCAAGACACGGAGCUGCGUUUUCGUCAUGGAGGAGGAGUACCGCAUGCAAAAAGUAAACGUAGACAUUCAGAGCGCCGGGUUGAAAAAUGGCUCAGAAGAUGACGCAAGCCAAGGAGUCAUCCAUGAGGAUGGGACAGUUACUAAGCGUGUUCGCGAUUCUGUGAUCUCUGAAGGUACUACUCUUGCCGCAGAUGGUGUUCCCGAUACUAUAGUCUCUGAAGGCACUGCCCUCGCCGCAGACGGUGACGCUGAUGAUGACGCGUCCACGCGGGGUGUUGUGUCUAGUCACAGUCCACACAUGUCAGGAACAAUAUCUGGGCCAGCAAGCAAGGAAGAUGUUACCAACGGCUCGUUGACUGUGGACAUACCUAUCAUUAGGAUAUCCACUGAGUCUGAUAGGGAAAGGGAAUUGGCUGAAGAACAAGAGACGACCAAAGCACCCGUUAACGGCUCGUCGAAGCCAGUUGCGUUGAAUGCAGUCAGCCUUGCACUAGAGAAGCCUGUACAAGCUGCUGCAGGCGAAAAAGAGUUGGAGUCGCCUUCUCCGAACUCUGCUCAGGAGACAUUCUCUUUCACUAACAAGCGUCUUUGCGAGCGUUGGCUUGAUAAUUUGUUUAUGGUUCUAUACGAAGAUCUGCGGGUGUGGACCAUAUUCAGAGCUGAAGUAGCGCACUUUAAGACGCAGCACGUUGCAUAUCGUAAAACAGGCCUGGAAUGGGAAAUCCUUGGAGACCUCGGGCUCCGCCUACACCAUAAAGAGGAGGCAAAGGAAGCUUACCAGAGGUGCCUCGAUUCAACCCGGUACUCUCAAAAGCCAUGGGCCAAACUCCUUGAGAUGUACGCGGAUGAGGGCGAUAUCCAGCGGUCAAUACAAGCUGCCAUCCGUGUUGCUGCUUAUCAAUACGCCGAUUACACAGAGAUGACGUAUCCAACUUUAAUUGCCCGAUGCUUUUUUAAGCUAGGUCAGAUACAUGGACACGCCAAGAUAUCAUUUACUCUUUUGAGCAUGGGUCUUCCUGACCCGAUUCUCAAGAUUAUGGAUGGCUACCUUCAGUAUGGCAAAGUAUUCAAGGUAGAGGGCUAUGAUUUCUAAUAAUACGUCUUUCGCGUUGUUUUGUACAUAAGUGAUUUUAUUCUUCUACUAUCCGAGGUCUCCAAUUACUGGCUCCAUCUUUGACACAUCAUUAUCCAGUACCUUUAUGAUUCGGAAUCGAACGUGCUUGUAGAC